UACAUCACCGUCGCGCGCAGACGUAAUUAAACAGGGCUGACCGUGUUGUGGUUAGGGGAGCGUCGGUUCUUCGUGAUGGCGGGCACGGGUUUGGUGGCCGGAGAGGUAGUGGUGGAUGCGCUGCCGUAUUUUGAUCAAGGCUAUGAAGCGCCAGGCGUGCGCGAAGCGGCUGCGGCGCUGGUAGAGGAGGAGACGCGCAGAUACCGACCCACGAAGAAUUACCUGAGCUACCUGACAGCCCCGGAUUAUUCCGCUUUUGAGACCGACAUAAUGAGAAAUGAAUUUGAAAGAUUGGCUGCUCGACAACCGAUUGAAUUGCUCAGUAUGAAACGAUAUGAGCUUCCGGCCCCUUCCUCAGGCCAGAAGAAUGACAUUACUGCAUGGCAAGAAUGUGUAAACAAUUCUAUGGCCCAGUUAGAGCAUCAAGCAGUUCGAAUUGAGAAUCUGGAACUCAUGUCACAGCAUGGAUGUAAUGCCUGGAAAGUAUAUAACGAAAAUCUGGUACACAUGAUUGAACAUGCACAGAAAGAGCUUCAGAAGUUAAGGAAACAUAUUCAGGAUUUAAACUGGCAGCGGAAGAACAUGCAACUCACAGCUGGAUCUAAACUGAGAGAAAUGGAGUCAAAUUGGGUAUCCCUGGUCAGUAAGAAUUACGAGAUUGAACGGACUAUUGUGCAGCUAGAAAAUGAAAUCUACCAAAUUAAGCAGCAACAGGGAGAGGCAAACAAAGAAAACAUCCGGCAGGACUUCUGAAAAGACGAACUUGCUGGGUAGAAAGGAGGAAAAGUUGGGCUCUUACAAACACCGGCCAUCUAAACUUUCCCUGAACCACGAAGGACAGCAGCCUCUCACAGACCAUUAGUGGGUAAAUGUUUAGAAAUCAUAAUGUAUAGAUUCUUACAUUAACUGUAUCUGUGUAUCUUUGUGAAAUAAAGAUUAUCAACUUGGUGAUAUUUUUAUAGCUAUAAAAAACCAUCAGGCUGUCAAAAUAAGUAUGACUUUGGAAUAAUAUUGUGUUACAGAAUUAAUACAUACAUUAUAUAGAGAGUUAAUUUUGAGCUACUGGACCAUAUUUGGUAGCUGAGUGGAUAUGUUGGCCACAGCCAGCGAGGCCUAGGGUUGGAGCUGCCCACACCCUUUAGAGCUUGCAUCACACCACCAGGUUGCUCAGGUGCUGGAUGUGCGGCUAUAAAAAUUGUUUGCCCUGAUGAAUUUAAGUCUUGUUUGCUUCAGUCCUUCGUGUACUCCAGGUCUUCCCUUUUGGAAGGAAUUGUGUAUCCUGUGCAAUCAUUAUUGUUUUUGGUAUUUGUUUUAGUUUAGAUACAGGAUCUUCCUCACUUGCCAGGCGAGGCUGGAGCUGACAGUUGUGCUACCUCAGCUUCCUGAGUAGCUGGGAUUAAAGGUGUGUUCCACCA